AUGCGCGUGUUGUCGGAAGAAGCUGCGAGGGGGGAUAAGAGGUAUCCGGCGGGGCAGGAUGAGGGGGAAUGUGGUGGGCAGUGGAGGAGGAAGGCGCAGGAUGCAGAGGAGGCUGUGGAUGGAGGAGUGUAUAGGGAGGAGGUGGGGGGAGGGGCGGAGGAUGGGUUUAGGCAUGCGCCGGGGGGGAAGAGGGUGAUUGAGAUGCCGGAGACGCCGCCGCCGAGUUAUGCGAGGUUGGCGGGGGGAGGGGAGGGGAUUGAGUUGGAGACGAGGCCGGUGGGGAAGGGGACGGUUUCGGAGGAGGUUUGA